AUGACUGACAGCAGCAGCGGCAGCAGCAGCAGCUACACAACGGACAACAGUGCCAGCAACGUCAUCAGCAGCAGCAGCGCAACUGACAGCCGUGCAAGCAGCAGCAACAGCAGCAGCAGCAGCAGCAGCUGCAGAACUGACAGUAGCGCAGACAGCAGCAGCAGCAGCAGCAGCAAUGUGUGCGUGGAGUGUCUCUGCAACUAUUUCUUGUUGUCUUCAUCUGUGCCUUCUUGUGACCAGCAGCAGCAGCAGCUGCAGCGAGCUUGCUGCUUCGGCUUCUUGCUGCUGCUUGCAGAAGCCUCCCCCUCUUGGGCUGCUGCUGCAGUGCCGGCCCCUCUCAUCAUCAGCAGCAGCAGCAGCAGCAGCAGCACGUGGACUGCUAAGGAGUAUCAUUUGUCGAAGGUUGCAGCAGCAGCGCCGCCGCUGCUGCAGUUUUACUGUUCUGUCUUUAAAAGCUGGGUGAGAAAGCACUUCAUUGUUAAGAAGCUGACACGCCGCCGCAGCAGCAGCAGCAGCAGCAGCAGCAGUAGCAGCAGAAGCAGCAGUAGCAGCAGUUGCAGCAGCAGCAUCAGCAACUGUGGAAAAGAAAACACACUGUUGGAAGCAGCAGCAACAACUGCAGCAGCAGGAGCCGGCUCGACAGAAGCAAAUGUACAGCAGCAGCAGCAGGAUGUGCAGCAGCAGCAGCAACAGCAGAAGCCGAAGCACGAAGAACAGCAGCAGCAGCAGCAAGAUAUGUGGCAGCAGCUGGAGUUGAUGAAGCAGGUGCAAGAACGAGAGCCAGAGCAGCAACAAGAGCAGCAGCAAGAGCCAGAGCAGCAGCAGCAGCAGCAGCAGCAGCAAGAGCAGCAGCCCUCGCCCAAAAGGUUCCGCUGCAACGUUGUAGAAUCCUCAGCCGCUGCAGCCCUUGCGCCCACAGCAGCAGCAACUCGCGCCCUCCACACGCGGGCGGGCUCGGGGGGCCCCUACAGUCUCAGGGGGCCCCCGGGGGGCCCCCCGGGGGGCCCCCCAGGGUCUGGGGGCCUCCCUGUUUUGGAUUGCACAUCUGCUGCUAGGCGGCUGCAGCAGCAGCUGCGGGGGUUCAUCAGAGCGCAUGCAGCAGCAGCAGCACGGAACGCAGCAGCAGCAGCAGCAGAAGCAGCACUGUCUCAGUUCAUUUGCAAGUAUUCUCAAGGGGACAAAACAGCAGCAGAACUGCAGCAGCAAUUGGGGGGCCCCUGGGGGCCCCCCGUGGGCCCCACAGGGGCCCCAUCACUUGCUGCUGCAGGGUCCCCCCGGCUGCCUCUCUGGGAAAGGGAGAUAAAGAGGGAGCAGCAGCAGCUGCUGCAGCAAGAGUACAAGCAGCAGCAGCAGCGGCGGCAGAAGCAGCGGCAGCAGCUGCAGCAGGACUUCAGGCAGCAGCAGCUGCUGCUGCUGCAGCAGGAAUGUGAGACAGAAGAUGAGUACUGGGAGGCCCCGGAGGCCUUCAAAGAAGCAGCAACACGAGGGCGCAUCAGAGACGAUUUGCUGCAGCUGCUGCAGCAGCAGCUGCAGCCCCGCUGCAGCCACACAGCAGCAGCAGCAGCAGCAGCAGCAACAGCAGCAGCAGCAAACAAAGCCAACCAAAACAAACUGCUGCCGCUCAGUGCCUUCGGCGAUGUAGCGGAGAUAGAAGAGAAGCUUGAGACCAUAAGGGCACAAACCGAGGCGAGUACUAGAUGGCCCUGGGGCCCCUGGGAGGACCCCUGUGGCCGCUGGGGGCCCCCUGGCAGCAAGGGGGCCCCCAGCUGCUGCAGCAGAACCCCAUAUGGGGCCCCUAGCAGCUAG